UGCGUUUCUUUCCUAAUGGAUUCUUCCACUGUUGCAACAAAAUCACCGACUUUCGGAUGGAGUUAUGAUGUGUUUUUGAGUUUUAGAGGUGAGGAUACUCGCACCAAUUUCACCAGUCAUCUUGAUAUGGCUUUGCGUCAAAAGGGUGUCAACGUCUUCAUAGACGACAAGCUUGAAAGGGGUGAGCAAAUUUCUGAAACUCUUUUCAAAUCUAUACAGGAAGCUUUAAUUUCUAUUGUUAUAUUCUCUCAAAAUUAUGCAUCCUCUUCAUGGUGUCUGGAUGAAUUGGUCAACAUAAUUGAGUGUAAGAAGUCCAAGGGCCAGAUUGUUUUGCCAGUUUUCUAUAAGGUGGAUCCGUCGGAUAUUCGAACACAAACUGGUAGUUUCGGAGAAGCAUUAGCCAAACAUCAGGCUAAGUUCCAAAUAAAGACCCAAAUUUGGAGGGAAGCUUUAACUACUGCUGCUAACUUUUCUGGUUGGGAUCUAGGAACUAGGAAGGAGGCUGAUCUUAUUGGAGAUCUUGUUAAAAAAGUGUUGUCUACAUUAAAUCGCACUUGCGCGCCUUUAUAUGUAGCUAAGUAUCCGGUUGCAAUUGAUUCUAUACUAGAAUAUAUGAAGCUUCGUUCACAUAUUAAUCUUUUUGAGAAGAGCAACAAAUUCCAUUAUCAAACACAACAUGAGUAUGAGUUUGAUACUGAUGUUAACAUGGUGGGGAUAUAUGGCAUUGGAGGUAUUGGUAAGACAACUUUGGCUAAAGCUUUAUACAACAAAAUUGCUAGCCAAUUUGAAGGUUGUUGCUUUCUAUCAAAUGUUAGAGAAGCUUCAAAGCAAUUCAAUGGCCUUGCUCAAUUACAGGAAAGCCUACUCUAUGAGAUCCUAACGAUUCAUUUGAAAGUUGUCAAUUUUGAUAGAGGAAUUAACAUCAUAAGGAAUAGAUUGUGUUCGAAGAAAGUUCUUAUAGUUCUUGAUGAUGUAGAUAGACUUGAGCAGUUAGAAGCAUUGGUUGGUGGGCGUGAUUGGUUUGGCCAAGGCAGUAGAAUCAUUGUGACAACAAGGAAUAAACAUUUACUUUCUAGCCAUGGCUUUGAUGAAAUACACAAUAUUCUAGGAUUGAAUGAAGAGAAAGCUAUUGAGCUUUUUAGUUGGCAUGCUUUCAAGAAAAAUCAUCCAUCAAGUAAUUAUUUAAACCUUUCAAAACGUGCUACAAGUUAUUGUAGAGGUCAUCCUUUGGCUCUCGUUGUUUUAGGUUCUUUCCUUUGUACCAGAGAUCAAGUAGAAUGGUGUAGUAUAUUAGAUGAAUUUGAAAACUCUUUGAACAAAGAUAUCAAAGAUAUUCUUCAAUUAAGUUUUGAUGGGCUUGAAGACAAAGUAAAGGAUAUCUUUCUUGAUAUUUCUUGUUUACUUGUGGGAGAGAAAGUUAAGUACGUUAAGAAGAUGUUGAGUGCAUGCCAUGUAAAUCUAGAUUUUGUAAUUAUAGUACUCAUGGAUCUUUCACUUAUGACGAUUGAAAAUGACAAAGUGCAAAUGCAUGAUUUAAUCAAACAGAUGGGUCAUAAAAUAGUUUGUGGUGAAUCUCUUGAGCUUGGAAAGAGGAGUAGGUUGUGGUUGGUACAAGAUGUUUGGGAUGUGCUUGUUAAUAAUUCAGGAACAGACGCAGUUAAAGCCAUAAAGUUGGACUUUCCUAAUCCCACAAAGUUGGAUGUGGAUCUACAAGCUUUUAGAAAAAUGAAAAAUUUGAGAUUACUUAUCGUUCAAAAUGCAAGAUUUUGUACCAAGAUUGAGUACCUACCUGAUAGCUUAAAGUGGAUUAAGUGGCAUGGAUUUCCUCAAUCAACUUUGCCUUCGUGCUUCAUUACGAAAAAUCUUGUCGGACUAGAUUUGCAACAUAGCUUCAUAAAAACAUUUGAGAAAAGACUUAAGGAUUGUGAAAGGUUGAAACAUGUUGAUCUUAGCUACUCUACUUUAUUAGAGCAAAUUCCUGAUUUCUCAUCAAAUCUUGGAGAGUUGUAUCUCAUCAAUUGCACAAAUUUAGGAAUGAUAGAUAAGUCUCUUUUUUCUCUCCAUAAGCUUAUUGUCCUAAACCUUGAUGGUUGUUCUAACCUUAAAAAGUUUCCAAGAGGCUACUUCAUGUUAAGUUCUCUUAAAGAACUGAGGCUCUCUUACUGCAAAAAGCUUGAGAAAAUUCCAGACUUAUCUGCAGCAUCAAACCUUGAGAGAUUGUAUCUCCAAGAAUGCACAAAUUUAAGAUUGAUUCAUGAAUCUAUUGGAUCUUUGGAUAAGCUUGACCAUUUGGACCUUAGACAAUGCACUAACCUUUCAAAGCUUCCAAGUCAUCUCAGGUUAAAAUCUCUUCAAAAUUUAGAACUUUCUAGGUGUUGUAAGCUUGAAAGCUUCCCAACAAUCGAUGAAAACAUGAAAUCUUUAAGGCAUUUGGAUUUGGAUUUUACUGCCAUAAAGGAGUUACCUUCAUCAAUUGGAUAUCUUACUGAGCUCUGUACAUUAAAUCUUACCAGUUGCACAAACCUCAUCUCCCUUCCCAAUACAAUUUAUUUGUUAAGGAAUCUUGACGAACUUCUUCUUAGUGGGUGUUCUAGAUUUAGAAUAUUUCCCCAUAAAUGGGACCGAAGCAUCCAACCAGUAUGCUCUCCUACAAAAAUGAUCGAAACAACUUCAUGGAGCUUAGAAUUUCCCCAUUUACUAGUUCCAAAUGAAAGUUUAUUUUCCCAUUUCACUUUAUUGGAUCUUAAAUCUUGCAACAUAUCAAAUGCAAAGUUUUUGGAAAUUUUAUGUGAUGUUGCCCCUUUCUUAUCUGAUCUACGCCUGUCAGAAAACAAAUUCUCUAGCUUACCCUCAUGUCUCCAUAAGUUCAUGUCCUUGUGGAAUCUUGAAUUAAAAAAUUGUAAGUUUCUUCAAGAAAUUCCAAACCUUCCUAAGAAUAUACAAAAAAUGGAUGCCAGUGGUUGUGAAUCAUUGGUUCGAAGUCCAGAUAAUAUUGUGGAUAUAAUAUCAAAAAAACAGGACCUCACAUUGGGUGAGAUUUCAAGAGAGUUCUUAUUAACGGGGAUAGAGAUUCCAGAAUGGUUCAGCUAUAAGACUGCCUCCAAUUUGGUGAGUGCUAGUUUUUGUCACUAUCCAGACAUGGAAAGAACUUUGGCUGCCUGUGUUAGUUUCAAAGUGAAAGGAAAUUCAUCUGCAAGUGGGGCCCGAAUUUCAUGCAAUAUAUUCAUUUGCAAUAAACUCCAUUUUUCUUUUUCAAGACCAUUUCUUCCAUCAAAAUCAGAAUAUAUAUGGUUAGUAACAACUUCUCUAGCGUGGGGUUCUGUGGAGGUGAAUGAUUGGAAUAAAGUUUUGGUCUGGUUUGAGGUUCAUGAAGCACAUAGUGAGGUUAAUGCAACUAUAACAAGGUGUGGUGUUCAUGUCACUGAAGAGCUCCAUGGGAUACAAAUGGAUGUCAAGUGGCCGAUGGUAAAUUAUGCUGAUUUUUAUCAACUGGAGAAAUUGCAACGUCUGGAUAUUGAGGAUCUUCUUCUCAAAAGCUUUUUAGAAUCAGUCUCCUGCUGGUCAAAUUCCAAAGCAAUGUUGCAUGCAGGAAAUUAUGAUCCAGAAGCAAUAAUUGAUUCCAACAUACAACCUAUGAUUUUCCCAUUGCACGUAACAUAUAAUGGUGAAACAGUAAUAUGUGGAAUGGAAGGCAUGGGAGAUACUACACUCGCCAACUCUUUAUGCAAUAAAUUUAAAUGGAUGAAGGAGCACCUUUUCGAGAUAAAGGAGCACCAUUACAGUGAAGCUUUAGAUAAUUCUACAAGCAUUUUCCAUAUCCGAGGAAGAGAGCUCCAGAGAUUUUCCUGGUCAUGGGCCGCCCACCAUCGUAAGCGUGGAGAUGGUAAAAGAGGAACCAAUAUCACAACCCAUACAAUAUCCUCCAAAUGCUAUUUGAUGCUCUUUCAUGAAGUCGAGAACUGUAAUGAUAUAUUUGACUGGGUUGGUACACAGCGUUGGAUUAAAACUUCUGGCAGUUCUAACGGAAGAGGUGAUGUUCAGUUUCUGAUUAAAAGGGUUGAUAUAUCAUUGCUCUGAA